CAGCCAGCCCAGUUCAUUUGCUGACCAGGAAUUCCGGACAAUCGAAUUGUCCAGCGAUAAAACUAUUUGCCUGUUCGUCUCUCGGAAUCGGCCGCAUUCGGAUGGUCACAGUAGUACGGAGUACGUCUGACUACUGGCAAGCCCUCCGCUGUCACUGCUGCACUUGGAACUAUCCAUCUCUUCCUACUAUAUGCAGCUUUGCUUUUUCUUCUUGUUUUUCGCUUUUCUUACUCCCUAUUUUUUGCUUCUGUCGGGUCUUCGCGCCCACUCUUCCGCCUGCCUCUCAGCCAUCCUCUCGGUCCGGAAUGCCAUCAUGCUCGACGCCUCAUACUAGUUCGACCUCCUCUGGUCUGAUUCCUGGUCUCGAAGCCAGUCUAUCUUCAAUUUCUCGCCACUUCAAUCCAAAACUCGCUGGGCUCGCGUCUUCGCUGAACUUCCUGAUUGAGAGAUAGCUCCGUGCGCGAAGGGAAUUUCCAUGCGGCGAAAGUCGUGCCUCGCGAGGAUGCCCCCAAAUUUUGGCUAGCACAGUGAUUGUUUUUCCCGCUGAUCGUCCGGUCUCAUGGGGUUGGUGAGAUCUUCUGGGCUGGCCGAUGCCCUUUAUGGCCCGUGCCCUUCCAAUGAUUUUGCAGGUGUGCCAAGUAUCAGUCCGUGCAUACACAUCAGCAGUUAUGCACCUACGUGUGGAAUGGAUGC